AUGUCUCUGCCCGUUCCCCCUGCAAAGAUUCACCAGAGCUCUGCUCUCCAAAAGAAUGGCUACAGCGUCAGCGAGCUCGAGUUUGGCGUCCCACUGGACUACCGGCAGCCAGACGGCGAGCAGAUCAGCCUGACCGUCCGGGUGAUCGCAGGGAAGCAGGACGCCCCUGGACUGCGGCCGGCCGCAGAGAAAGCAGUGGCCGUCUAUCUCGUCGGCGGCCCGGGCUCGGACAACCCGCCGACGAUGCAGACAGACAUCAACAAUUUCUAUCUCGACCUGGGCUUCCAGCUGCUCUACAUGGACUACCGCGGCACCGGGAGCAGCACGCCGAUCAGGGCCAACCAGCCGCCGCUGCAGGGCUGCCCGGCCGACAAGCAGGCCGGCCUGCUGUCGCUCUUCCGGCAGGACAACAUUGUUCGCGACCUUGAGGCAGUGCGGAAGACGCUGCUGGGGCCCGGCCGCACAUGGACGCUGGUUGGCCAGUCGUAUGGCGGCUGGCUCGCAUUCACGUACCUGUCCUUCUAUCCCGAGGGCCUGCGCGAGGUCUUCCUCACCGGCGCCGUGCCGCCGGUCGGCGUGCAUCCCGAUGUGGUCUACGGUCACACGUACCAGUCGACCAUCCGGGCCUGUGACGCUUUUUACGACCGCUAUCCCGCGCACGUUGCCAGCGUGCGCACGAUCGUGCAGCACAUUGUCACGCACGGCGGCAACGCCAUCGCGAUGCCGAACGGUGGUGGCGCCACCCUCUCGGCCGAGCGCUUUCUCUGUCUCGGCCGCACACUGGGCACCAUGGAUGGCGAAGAGCGGGCCGACCGCGAGCUGCAGCGCUGUCUGGCGGACAUUGCCACCAAAGGCAGCUUGUCGGUCGCCACCCUGCGCCAUAUCGACGGCUGGCUGCGCUUUGAGGAUCGCCCGCUCUAUGCCGUCCUGCACGAGCCCAUCUACGGCGAGCCGGGCAUCCAGGCCGGCUGGUCCGCCUGGCGCGUCGGCCGCUCGCUCGACCAGUACUGGUGGCUGCCGGCCAGCGGCGAGCUGGACCGGGACCCGGAUCCGAUGCAGACGCCGCUCGCGCGCGCCUGCAGCGGAGCUGACGUCCAGCUCGCCCAGCGCUUCCGGUCUGAGCGCAUCUACCUGUCCGGCGAGCAUGUCUAUCCGUUCCACUAUAGCCAGUUCGCGGCACUGCGGCCGCUGCGUGCCGUGGCCGACCUGCUCGCCCAAAAGGCCGACUGGGACCCGCUGUUCGACGCCCAGCGGCUGCGCGCAAACACGGUCCCUGUCGCUGCGCUCGCCUAUGAGCGCGACAUGUUUGUCGACGCCGCGCUCGGCCGGCAGACCUACCACGCGACCGGGGCUAUGCGCUACGACGAGAGCCGCGACCUCUUGCACACGGCCAUCAAGGACCGUCCCGACAUUGUGCUGCCGUGGACCUGGAGCAUUCUGCAUCACGUAGGCGACCGUGCUCCGGAGGCGUAG